UCAGAAGGAGGAGAUUUUUCUCCAAUAUCGGGGCGGGGUCUUGUGACUCAACACUAACUUCCUCAUAGACAGUAGGUGAACUCUGUCACUCUUCAGCAUUGUACAGUUAGAGGUCUGAGUAGGCUGCAGUGGAAAAGGAACGGGAAAAGUUGUACAGUAUAAUAAUCUGCCCACUGGAGUAGCGACCGGUAUACCGGCUGCAAUUCUCAUCAUUUGAAUGUCUGGUGACACAGCGCGAGAGGUGGGCUUCGAUUGUCAAAUCGCAAAGGUGCAUUCAACAGCAGAUAUAACGUCGGGGAUGGAACAAGUGACGAUGAGCGACCGGUUCGAUUGCGACAACUGCAAGGAGUCCCUGUACGGACGCAAGUACAUCCAGGCAGACGGGGGAGAGGGGGACAGCCCCUACUGCAUCCCCUGUUACGACAGCCUGUUCGCCAACACCUGCGACGAGUGCAAGGAGCUAAUCGGCCAUGACGCCAGGGAGCUGUUCUACGAGGACCGGCACUACCACGAGCACUGUUUCCGUUGUUUCCGCUGUGACCGCUCGCUGGCGGACGAGCCCUUCACCAGCCAGGACGAGGCCCUGCUGUGCAACGACUGCUACUGCAACGAGUUCUCGUCCAAGUGUGUGGCCUGUGACAAGACUGUCAUGCCAGGCACGAGGAAGUUGGAGUAUGGUGGCUCCACAUGGCACGAGGGCUGUUUUAUCUGCCACAGCUGUGAGCAGCCCAUCGGCUCUAAGUCCUUCAUCCCAGACAAGGAUGAACACUACUGUGUGUCCUGCUAUGAGGAUAAGUUCGCCCCGCGCUGCACCCGCUGCAAAAAGGCCCUGGCUAAAGGGGGUGUGACAUAUCGGGAUGAGCCAUGGCACAAGGAGUGCUUUGUGUGUACGGGCUGCAAGGUGCAGCUGGCAGGGCAGCACUUCACCUCGCGCGAAGACAACCCCUACUGCCUCAAGUGCUUCGGCAGCCUAUACUCUAAGAAGUGUGAGGCCUGCAGCAAGCCUAUCACAGGUUUUGGCGGAGGGAAGUACAUCUCGUUUGAGGAGCGCCAGUGGCACCAACCCUGCUUCACCUGCACAGAGUGCUCUGUCUCUCUGGUGGGGGCAGGCUUCUUCCCCAAUGGAGAGCAGAUCCUGUGUCGCGACUGCAACACCAAUAGCAAUCUAUAGACUACACACACACACACACCGUAUCGCCCCUCUCCUCACACACGCCCGCCUAGUUCAACCCCAGGGCCCCCCUCAUCACUGCCAAGGUUGUUAACACAGACUGCCUCUCAGGUCAUACACACACACACACACACACACACACACACACACACACACACACACACACACACACACACACACACACACACACACACCUACCUUGCUCACUAGACCACAGCUCAAUCCCUCAUCCUCCCCCUGUGUUUCCUGCUGCUUGCUGUCGAAUACCAGAGCUAAGCAUCAGGCUACUGAAGCACAGACACAGACAAAAAUCAGCUAGACUAAAGUUGAUCUAACUUGGCAGAGGCAUGUUUUCAUGACCAAAUAGACCUAUAUUUCCUUCACCUGUAUGUAUGGGGUGACUUUUUGGUCGGAUUAUGUUUGGUUUAACAGAGGGAAAAGUAUUGUCUUUGGACAGAACUGAACCGUUCUGAACGUUAGCUGGACAAUUUUUAAAAUGAUUAGUGGUGUCAUUUGAUGGAUUGCCAAUGGUAUCCCAACCAAAAGAAUGAUGUACCAAAGAAAUGUAAUAUCUGCCAUCAAAUAAUUAACUGGUAUCGGGGGGUCAUGGAUCAUGGAUCCGAAAUCACCGAAGAAUUGAAUUCCACUAUCGCUACUCCAAUGUUCUGUAUUAGAGGCUGUAGCAUUUUAAUAUGUGAGGAUAACACUGACCAACAUGCAAAUAGUCCAUCGAGCAUAGUUCGAAAUCAUACUAUUUUGAUGUAGUUGCUAUCUAGCCUGGAGAGGGGAGAUCCACUCCAAGGCUUUCCUUCUCCACAGUAAGUCGUGACUAUGUGGGGGAAAAAAAGGUUUAUGUGCCUUAAAAAAAAAUGGCAUACUUUAUAUGGUAUGUAUUAUCAAACCAAAGAGAAAUGCUUCCAGCUAUGCAAAACUUGCUAGAUUUUUAUAUGAACGCAUCACCACUAAUCAAUGAAAGCGGCACUUUGUAAAGCAGCUACAGAACACUGAUAUUUACUACAUUGUAAAUAUGUCAUGCAAGUGAAGUAUGUUCGAGUGAUUCAAUGCUGAUAAUUGCAGUUUUGUGCAUAUGACUGUUCUCCUAUGUCAAUUAGGUUUCAAAGCAGUAUUUGCUGUCAUGCUUUAGUUGUUACUUACCCUGUAGCCAUAUCAUGAUUAUUUGAAGAGAAUAAUAACACUGCUCCAGAAAGUGAAUGCCUUUAUAGUAUACUAAAGAAUAUGACCAAGAGAU